UUUCAUGUCAAGCAAAAGACAGAACUGAAGAGCAGGGAAGGGGGACACACUGGCCCUUAAAAUAUGCAGCACUAUUGUGUGGAGUCAAUGCAGCAUGCUAAAAUGGGGCAAAGGAGGGAGAAAAACAGUGGGAGGACAGGAGAAAUAAGACAAGGAGGGAAGCACAUGCAACAGAGAGGUCAUGAAGAUAUGAGGAUAUGUGUCUCGUGGACAUCCAUCUUAGCAGGUUGCAGGCAUGUUUCUGUCUCUAACUUAGCUUAGAAGCACCUUCAGAAAUAUUCACAAAAACAAAAGUCUUAAAACCUGCUAUUCAGCUACUGUUAUUCAAAAGACUGCACAUAAUGUGGUGAGGAAACAAACUGCUGACAGCAUAUUUGUCUGAGACUAAAAACCACAUCGUGCAUUUCUGAUUUCUGAUUGGAGUUUGGAUUUGUCAAAUGGUAAAACGCACAAAAAUACAAGCUAGACUGAGACCACAAAGGAAAAGAAGCCAGCAGAGGUGUGACGCAUCUUUAUAAAACAGUUCAGGUGUUUUAACCAGUGUGGAAUGAUGUGUGAAGGGAUGAGCUCCUGGACCUUAACCCACCAGAGUGCCCUGCUGCUGUUCAUCCACUUUAUACCAAUAUGUCAAGCCUUUCUUCCCAACUUCUGGUCACGCGUGCUAACAUUGUCCUGGGAUUCAUAUACACACCAGUACAUGACAGAACAAGCUCUACUGAACAUCACAAUGGAAACUCUGAGCAGAAUUAUGGAGCCUCAACAUGAUGUAGAUAAUGAGGAGCUGUAUACUGGCCUUGGUCGAGGGUUUUGGCAUGCUGUGGGUGAGGUAGCAAGUGCUAACGCUGCCAUGGAUUUUUUGAGCUCCACCUGCUCUGAUCCAGUCUACCACUUUGACUCUGAGAGAGUGGAAGGAGCCACCCAGAUGCUGCGAGAAUUUUGGGGCCAGACGAUACUGCUGACCCAGGCUAAAGAGUACCAGGGGGCCAGACGUACCCUGGGUCAGCUUUUCCAUUCACUACAGGACUUUUACAGUCACAGUAACUGGGUGGAGAUGGGUCAGCAAUCAGUGUACCUCCACCUUCUGCACCCAGAAGAACCUCCAGUUCCUGUAGCCUCAGUGGACACCCCGACCUGUGCAGACUGCUAUAGAUUUAGCUGUUACAGCAAUCUGCUGGAAGAAAUGAUUAGUAAGACAGAACCACUACUGACUACUGGCUAUUUCAGCACUUACCCCAUCAAACCACCAGUUUUUCCGCCCAACUCUGCAUGUUAA